CAAGACCCUUUCUUUCUUUCUUUUUCUUCUCUUUCCCUUUGAACUUCCCUUCCAUUUCAAGCUCCAUCUACCAUUCUUUCUCAUCCCAUCCGUACCCACCUGAUUAAACCUCAUUAACGCAAAUUAUUUCUCUCGCUAAUCAAAAGGCCAGAGAAGAAGAUGAUGCAUAUGACCUUAUACUGGGGCAUAAAGGUAACGCUUUUAUUCGAUUCUUGGAAAACUGAUUCAUGGCCUAGCUAUCUCCUCUCUUUACUCGCUUGUUUCCUCUUCUCAUCCUUCUACCAGUACAUGGAAGAUCGUCGCAUCAAAUUCAAAUCCCUCGCCGCCGCCUCCGCCGCGACUUCGCAGCCAUCAUCGGUUACCGUUCCCCUUUUGCGCUCCUCUAAACUAGGCCGCUUCAGUUCGGCAAAAUUCGCUGCCGCUAUUCUUUUUGGAUUUAACUCUGCGAUUGGGUAUCUACUGAUGCUAGCUAUUAUGUCUUUUAACGGCGGUGUUUUCUUGGCUACCGUUGCUGGUUUAUCUGUUGGUUAUUUGGUUUUCAGAAGCGAAGAUGAGCAAGUUGUGGUUAUUGAGGAUCCAUGCGCAUGUGCUUAAUAAGGGGUUCUUGGUCUGCGAUUAUUGUUGUUUUUACAUAAUUAAUUCCUGUUUUUAGAUCUGGAUUCUGAUUUUCCUUUUUUCCUUGAAAUUUCUCUUCUUAGAGGUUCUGCUACAAUACAGCUUGUGAAAUGUAAUUUGUCCGCAUACUUGACCAGUUUUCUCUCUCUUUUAAACGAACAUGUUGUAUGUUUUCUUUUUGUUUUUGUUUAAACCCUAUUUUGAAAUAAAACGACUGUGAAAUGGAUCUGUCGCCUGU